UAAUUACGGUGUGGGCUAGCACAGAGAAUCGCAAGCGCGUAUCAAUCUCGCUCCUCUUGUUCGUCUUCGGCCUCCACACUCCCUCAGUCAGUCCCCAAAUGCUCAGCUAAACCUAAAACCCCAAUUUCCCAAUCCACAUUUCCACCUGAAAAAUUCAAAAUACAAUCUUUCCUGUAAUUCAUAGGGUCCCCAGUUCACGUUCCCUAGCUUUAUCUUCGAAAGAAGAACGAAAACGCUAAAAUGGGUACUCUGGGAAGAGCAAUCUACACUGUCGGAUUCUGGAUCCGAGAAAGCGGCCAAGCUCUUGAUCGCCUUGGCUGUCGUCUCCAGGGAAACUAUUACUUCCAGGAAUCACUGUCUAGGCAUAGAACUUUGAUGAAUUUAUUCGACAAAGCUCCAUUGGUUGAUAAAGAGGCCUUUAUUGCCCCAAGUGCUUCUAUCAUUGGUGAUGUUCAGAUUGGGCGAAGUUCUUCCAUUUGGUAUGGAUGCGUUGUAAGGGGCGAUGUUAACAGUAUCCGCAUUGGGACUGGAACAAAUAUACAAGACAAUUCUCUUGUUCAUGUAGCAAAAUCAAAUAUAAGUGGGAAGGUCUUGCCUACUGUCAUCGGAGAUAACGUUACUGUAGGGCAUAGUGCUGUUCUGCACGGAUGCACUGUCGAGGAUGAAUCCUUUGUCGGAAUGGGUGCAACUUUGCUUGAUGGGGUUGUUGUGGAGAAGAAUGCCAUGGUAGCAGCUGGAGCUCUUGUUAGGCAGAAUACAAGGAUACCCUGUGGCGAGGUUCGUGAAAAACCAUCUUUAUCUAAACAUUAUGUAACCGUGAGAACUAUAUUUUAGUACCUUCAGAAUUUCUUCUUUGCAUGGAGCUAUGAAAAUGGUAUUUUGAAAGACUUCUAUUUUUGGGGCCUCUUCCCUGGAGCUGGCGGGAGAUAAAUAUUAAUAAUAUGGAGUUAUGCCUUUGUUUCCUUUUGUGUAUUGCUGAGUGAGGAAUACAUGAGCUACAGUGGAAUAGUCUUCUAGUUGUCCUUUGGUUGUAAAUUUGACAAGAAAUGGAUCACCACCACUUGGUUCAAUUUUUGAGCUCCAGGCAUUGGUGGUCUGGCUCUCUAGCAUUUUAAUUAGAUACGGAUCUGUUAUUUUUUAUUGUUUUGGAAAUUGUGUGUAUCCUGAUAUCUGGUUGUCAGUGACAAACAAUGGUCUGUUUUAGGAUUUACAAAAGGUAAUCGUUAAGAGAGCUGUGUGAGUUUAUGUCAAAAGUCAUGAAACCUUGAGAUCAUUAUUGGUUUUUGUGAUCCUCCUCCAGCACAUUUUACAUCAUGGUGAAUGAGAGUUCUCCUUGUAGCUGCAUGAAAUUUUGGUCUUUUGUUAUGGUAGCUACUUGUAGGUUGUUCUGGCUAUCCUUAAUUUUAAUCUUUCGGGUCCGAGUUGGUAGGAAACACUCAUAUAAAAUGUCUCUUUCUUGCUUAUGCUUUACUGUAACCACAGGUAUGGGGAGGAAAUCCUGCAAAGUUCUUGAGGAAGCUGACAGACGAGGAAAUAGCCUUCAUAUCCCAGUCGGCUGUUAACUAUACCAACUUAGCUCAGGUCCAUGCGGCUGAGAAUGCCAAGGGGUUCGAUGAAAUUGAGUUUGAGAAGGUGCUCCGAAAGAAGUUUGCACGCAAGGAUGAAGAGUAUGACUCAAUGAUUGGUGUUGUUCGCGAGACCCCUCCGGAGCUUAUCCUUCCUGAUAACAUUUUGCCAGACAAGGCACCAAAGGCAUCAUAAACAUGUGCGAGUCUUAAGGUUUGAGUUGAUACCAUGUUGCUAUGUGCGGAUUUAUAGAGGAAACCUGCAUUUCUUUUCUAAUAAUUUUGGGGCCAGGCUCAAGUGUUAAAGAUUUUAACCCUGGUUUGCAGUUGUUGCAUGAAUCUUUUGUUCAUCCACUUUGGCUUGUCAGAGGCUUCAUGCUUCUUGAGAUCAUUUACUUGAGUUAUUAAAAGUAAACGUGGAUUGUUUAGCAAGUCAAAACAUUUGAGUUAGAUGUUGAACGUUUCCCUAGUGUCCUUUUAUGAUAGAUAAGGUGGAAUUGCCUCCAAAUAUUACAUAAUCUUCUUAUUCAGACUAGAAUUCUAUCUUCAUGUAUUGAUUUGCUGCAUCAAAGUAGCUUUGUUGGUUGAAUUAUUCAAUCAAGGAUACCAACCACAGUGCGGCCUUGUGGUUUUUUACUUUAUGGAUAAUGACGAUUCUGAGAAAUCUAGAAUCCCAAAUGGUAUACAGAAUUAAAGCUGGGUGUACUGCAUUUUUUUGUGAGGGAACAAAAAAUCUGAGGUCUACUGGUCAAAUUUGUGAUUGUAGAUUUACGGUGUUCCUAGUAUUACACAGGAGUGGGUACCCUUACUUGAAUCCAGACUGGAAAAAGAUAUGUUCACAUAUUUUUUAUAACUGUUGAAUAUAUGUGAAGUCCGAUGGAGACAGAUCGGAUGCACAUAACGCGGUAGUUGUUUAAUUGGCUGAUCCCCACUCUGAUUUGGGUAGA